AUGAAAUCCCCAGUGGCCUCGCUGCUCUGGCGCUCCCUUCGCGUGUACCAAGUAUUCGGGGCAAACACGGACGUCGGCAAGACCAUCUUUACGACUCUGCUGGCGAGGACGGCCAGGAAGCUCUGGAAGGACGAGCAAGUCUCCUUCCUGAAGCCGGUUUCCACAGGCGCCGACGACCAAGCCGAUGACCUGUAUGAUUCAAAUCCCAUCCCCCUUCACACGCGGAACGUGUACGACGUCCCGUGCAGCCCACACGCUGCGGCUCUAGCAUCAGGAAGACCGGUUCCAUCAGAUGACGUCCUGCUGUCAAGAUGUCGCGAAUCCGCUGCGCAGUGUGCCGCCGCCGCCGCCGCCGCCGCCGCCGCCGCAGCCGGGGGCAAGGGCUGGCUGUUCAUGGAAACCGCUGGCGGCGUCCACUCGCCAGGACCAUCGGGAACGACCCAGGCUGACCUGUACAUCCCGCUGCGCGCUCCGUCCUUGCUGAUUGGCGACUCGCGUCUGGGCGGCAUAUCGCAGACCAUUUCCGCAUUCGAGUCCCUCCGGAUCCGCGGCUACGACGUCGAGUCGGUGCUUCUCUUCAGAGAGGACCUUUACCGGAACCACGACUACCUUGCCGAGUAUUUCCUAAAAAACUACGGCAUCCAAGUCAGCAGCGUCUCGCACCCGCCUCGGCGGCACGACGACGCGCACCGAGACGCAGAGGCCAUGCAGACGUACUACGACAGAAAGGACUCGCAAGAAAUCACCGCGCAGCUUCUGGGCACCUUGGACGACAAGCACGCGCACCGCCUGUCAAGGCUGGAUUCCAUGGCCAGCAAGGCCAGCCGACAUAUCUGGUAUCCCUUUACGCAGCAAAGCCUGGUUGGGCCCGAGGACAUCAUGACGAUUGACUCUGCCCACGGCGACUACUUUCAAACACUGGGCCCUGCCUCGCAGAGGAGCUCCUCCGCCUCCGCCUCCGCCUCCAAAGAGGCCCCGGUCUUGAGGUCGUCGUUUGAUGCGUCCGCUUCGUGGUGGACCCAAGGCCUGGGCCAUUCCAACCCGAAGCUCACUCUCGCGGCUGCCUAUGCCGCCGGUCGCUACGGCCACGUCAUGUUUGCCUCUGCCAUUCACCAGCCCGCCAUGUCCCUCGCCGAAACGCUGCUUCGAGGCAUGAAGAACCCGCGUCUGCGCCGAGUUUUCUACUCGGACAACGGGAGCACCGGCACAGAGGUAGCCGUCAAGAUGGCGCUGCGGGCCGCCAGGAAGCGAUACGGAUGGGACGCGAGCCAAAAGCUGGAUAUCCUGGGGCUGAAGGGGGCAUAUCACGGCGACACCAUCGGGGCCAUGGAUUGCGCCGAGCCCGGCAUCUACAACGAGAAGAUCGAGUGGUACGAGGCCAAGGGCUACUGGUUGGAUUAUCCCACCGUUUUGUGCAAAGAGGGCAACUGGACCGUCACUGUCGCAGACGGACUGGACAGCCAUUUUGGCCGGGGACGGGCCUACCGCUCUCUCCACGACAUCUUUGACGUGGAGGCUCGCGAAGCCUCGGGCCAACAUCACGUCUACGAAGAAUACAUCACCUCGACCCUGCAGAGACUGAGGGAUCAAGGUCGUCAGUUUGGCGCCCUAAUGCUGGAGCCCAUUGUCCUCGGCGCAGGCGGCAUGGAACUAGUCGACCCCCUCUUUCAACGCACCCUCGUCCACGUCGUCCGCAAGUCGUCCCACCUCUUCGGAACCCCCACCAGGCCCCUCUCCGACCUGACCCGAGACCCCAACGAAUGGACGGGCCUUCCCGUCGUGUUUGACGAAGUCUUCACCGGCCUCUACCGCCUCGGGCGCUUCACACCCUCGUCUUUCCUCGGCGUCCACCCCGACGUCUCCGUCCACGCCAAGCUGCUCACCGGCGGCCUCGUGCCUCUCUGCACGACGCUCGCCUCGGACAGCAUCUUCGGCAGCUUCCUCAGCCCCGACAAGACCGACGCCCUGCUGCACGGGCACAGCUAUACCGCGCACCCCGUCGGCUGCCAGGUCGCUUUGGAGGCGGUGCGGGAGAUGCAGGCCAUGGAAGCACGGGGUCAGUGGGACUGGGCCAGGGCGCAGGGCUGGGCGCGCCAAGGCGCCGCAGAGUCGGAAGCGCGCGCCGCCGACGUGUGGUCCGCAUGGCCGCGAAGCUUGGUGGAGCGCCUGUCUCGCCUGACCGACCGGGUCGCUGGCGCGUGGGCCCUGGGGAGCGUCUUGGCCCUUCACCUGAAGGACUCGUCCGGCUCGGGAUACAGCAGCAAUGCGGCCGUCGGCUUGCGAGAGGCCUUGGAUCAGGGCAGGUCGGGCGGCGGUGGCGGACCAUGGAACGCCCACAGCCGCGUGCUUGGCAAUGUGCUGUACCUCAUGGCCAGCCAGGUCACCUCUGAGACGAGCAUCAGGCAGCUGUCCGAGUUGCUCAUGGAGAGCAUCAGGAAAAGCUGA